AUGCUCCGCUCGCGUCUGCGCUCGGAGGUGGCCCCUAAUCGGCCCGCCCCCGCCGCCGCGCGUUUCCGCCCAGUGGCUCACGUCCAGCGCGGCGGCACUCGCUCGAUCGCGACGCCGCUGGACAUCACCAUCCACGGGCGCCACGUGGACGUCACGCCCGAGGCGCGUUCCAUCCUCGCCGCGUUGCAGCGCCAAGAGGGCGCCCGCGGCCGCCGCAUCGAGUCCCACGUUCGCGACCGCCUGUCUUCCGUUCUGGACAAGUUCAAGGGCGCCCAAUUCCUGGAGUCCGACGGCGGCGUCGCCUUGGUCGAUGUGCGCCUGAUGAACUCGCAGGCGGAGGUGAAGCUGCAGCCGCGCAUCCACAACAAGGCCGCCAACGACGUGUAUGUGCGGCAGGGCGGGCUCAAGGUCUGCGAGUCUGGCAGCGGCUGGGCGGACUCCCUGGAGAAGGCCCUAGAUGCCCUGGACAGGAAGCUUACUAAGGUGAGAAGCUGCGGCUCUACCUUGGAGGGCCUGGGGGCGCACGCGCAGCGCCGGUUUGUGGCGCUCGCGCCGCCGGGGCGCCGCUGUGGGGCGCUGGGCGGCGGGCUUAGGGGCAGGGACCGCCGGCCGCUCGCGGAAUGCCUGAAGGGGGGGGGGAUGCUGGGGGGCGGGUACGCCAAGCCUCUCCCCCACAAGGUCGACUACCGCCGCCUGUAG